AUUUGCCUAUUUUCACAAUUACUCAGUAGUUCAAGUCGUUGCGAGAAUGAUCGAUUCACUAAAAGACUUUAUACCACCACUGUCUUCAGCCAAACACAAGGGUGAAAUGGGCCGUCUUGCUGUUAUCGGAGGUUCUAAAGAAUACACUGGAGCACCCUACUUUUCGGGCAUUAGUGCAUUGCAUUGUGGUGCCGAUCUUGUACACGUUAUAUGUGCUGAAGCAGCUGCACCAGUAAUAAAAACCUAUAGUCCCGACCUGAUUGUUCAUCCAGAUCUAGAUAGUAAUUACGAUGAGACAAAAAAGUGGAUUGACCGGGCACAUGCUGUUGUCGUCGGACCUGGUUUGGGCUUAGGUUCUAAUAUAGACAUCGCCACCAAGAUGGUCGCUUAUUGUUCUGGACAAAAACCUCUGGUUAUUGAUGCGGAUGGUCUGUAUAUUGUCACGCAAACUCCUCAGCUAGUUCGGGAGAAAAAGACUGUGAUACUUACACCAAAUGUAGUGGAAUUUGGACGUCUAUAUACGGCGGUGCUCGGCUGCAAUCCGGGCAGCGGUACCACGGAAGUAGAAAAGCUUGCAAAAGCAAUGGGGGGCGUUACCAUUGUUCAGAAAGGACCAACUGAUGUCAUUUCCAAUGGAGAUACGACCGUGGUAUGUCAAGAACCAGGUUCACCCAGGCGUUGUGGAGGUCAAGGUGAUCUUUUAUCUGGUGCUGCAGUGACUUUCUUCAAUUGGUUUCAUCAAGCUCAGGCAAACAAAGGCCCUUUGCCAUUUCCGGUUGGUGUGGGCGCCUCCUUAGCUGCGUGUGCCCUAACCAGACGUUGUUCCCAUCUGGCGUUCACCAAAUAUGGUCGUUCCAUGGUUACGGCGCACAUGAUUCCAGAGAUUCAGCAUGCGUUCCAGCAGUUAUUUGGGUGAAACCAGGAAACCCUGUCUCCUUCAGAUGGAACUUUUCUCUGUAUGGGUGGCCCAUAUUUAUAUCUCCGCAUCAGUUUUGAAAGACCUGUGACCUGUUUUAGAUCACAACAAUGUCUUAAUGUGAUUUAUCACAGCUCAGCACUUUGUCUGGUUUUCCUCUUUUAAGACUUUCUUAUUUAGAAUUAGAUUUUGA